UUUUGUUUUCUGUUGACAGUAGAAAAUGUUUUCUGUACACUUGUGUUUUCUGUCUUCGGUCCACACACCAGAAAACAUUUUCCGGAAAACCUUUAUGAUCGAAAACAAACGGAAUAUAAAAAAUAGGAAGUGCCAAAUACUAAUAGACCCUCAACGCAAAGACCCUUUGGGCUUAACAUUGCUGAGUUCAGUUCAGUCAUCAGAAAUGGCAUCCUCUGCACUCGCACGAAUCUCCAAUCUCCAAAGACACAUCGAUCCCACAGAGUCAAACAACAACAAGGGUGGCAGUGAUGGGUUUUGCGGAGACUUAAUAAAGAUUUCUCCAGAGGUUUCUGAAGCUUUGUCACGUGGGGAUGCGGUGGUUGCUCUUGAAUCCACCAUUAUUUCACAUGGAAUGCCAUAUCCUCUAAAUUCGGAAACUGCAAAGGAGGUGGAGGCCAUUGUUAGGACCAACGGAGCUGUUCCUGCUACUAUUGCAAUUUUAGAUGGCAUACCAUGUGUAGGAUUGAGUAUGGAAGAAUUGGAGAGGCUCGCCAUUUUGGGAAAAAGAGUUCAGAAGACAGCUCGGAGGGACAUUGCAGUUGUUGUGGCUUCCAGAGGGAAUGGUGCAACCACUGUCUCUGCUUCAAUGUUCUUUGCUUCUAUGGUUGGCAUCCCUGUAUUCGUCACUGGGGGGAUUGGAGGAGUGCAUAGACAUGGCGAGCACACGAUGGACAUAUCAUCUGAUCUUACUGAGCUUGGAAGGACCCCAGUAGCAGUUGUCUCUGCUGGUGUCAAAUCAAUAUUAGAUAUUCCCAGGACCCUGGAAUAUUUGGAAACACAGGGAGUUUGCGUUGCUGCCUACAAAACCAAUGAGUUUCCAGCAUUUUUUACGGAAACAAGUGGCUGCAAGGUGCCUUGUCGUGUAGAUAGCCCAGAAGACUGUGCUCGGCUUAUAGAUGCAAACACGAAACUGAAGCUUAAUACAGGAGUUCUAUUUGCAGUUCCAAUUCCCAAAGAACACUCAGCUUCUGGAAGCAUAAUUGAAUCUGCUAUACAGAGAGCACUUAAGGAGGCUAGGGAUAAGAACAUAACUGGAAAUGCUGAAACUCCUUUCCUGCUUUCCAAAGUGAAUGAACUAACUGGAGGAGCCUCACUUGCUGCAAACAUGGCACUUGUGAAGAAUAAUGCUCUUGUUGGUACAAGAAUAGCUGUGGCCCUUGCUCAGCUCAGGAAAUCUUGUAAUAAAGGCAAUGCGGAGUCAGUGUCAUAGGCCUCAAAUUGUUUUGAUCAAAAUCCGGGCGAUCCAAUAAUUUGGCAAGUUUGUUCUGUUGUUCUUCCCUGAUAUGACCUUCAUUCAUGACAAAAUGAAAACCUGAUUUGAAAAGGCUAAGUUAGCCAUAUAAUUUGAUGAAGUGUAUUAAGUACUGUAUAAUUUGUUAUAUUGACCCCAAAUAGGGGAAGUUAUACUUUUGAAGGCAGAUGACCUAGCCUGCAGUUGUCAUCCUAGAUGAUAUGUAUUAUUAUGUUAUCUCAUUCUCAUGUUCAUGUAAAUAAAAUAAAAUAAAAUUCUACCUUUCUCUAGGUGUGUUCUCUA